CACCUGCCUUUGAUGUUUACAUGGGAGUACAUGUAGGAACAUACUGUGCUACUACUAGAAAGUAUUCAAACCUUCAUGUACUGCAUGUACAGUACUGACAGCUUGAGGAUUUCAGUCAGACAGAUCAGGAGCCAGUUGACAAGAGACUGUAGGGACAGAGCAGGACAGCUCCCAUCAUGGACCUCAGUACAGUAUUUCAAUGUGUUAUUGACCAGAUAAAUGCAGAAGACAUGCUGGACACAGCCCAUGCUGUCCUCAAUGAAGUGAUGGUAGCAUCACCCAACCAUGCUCCUCCCCCCUCCUUCCCCACUCCUGACUUUAGGUGUGACACCCACUCUCAGCCAGUGGACGACAUGAGUGGAGGUUAUGAUGGAUACGUCACCCUUGAAACAGUUUCUCUCAACUAUGAUCAGCAGUUAACUACAGAACCCAUGCUCCCAUGUGUGGAGCAGCAUGGAGCCAACAACUAUUAUCUAGAUGCCAUGGAACAUGACAUGUACAGCCAGGGACAGUACUUUCCCUAUCAGUGGCCAGAUUAUGAUACAACUCCAACUGCCCUCAGUGCCCCGCCAGACCCUGAUUUGCAAUUCAUGACGCUGCCACAUGUCUUGGACCAGAACUUGAUGCCUGCUGGAAUAGUGAAUGGAGAGGUGGUGUAUGAGAUGCCAGAAGUAUCAUCGUUACCACCUAUGGAACCUGCUUCUGCACAAAACAUCUCCAUCUCCUCAACACGGAAGAAAAGGUACGGCCAACAGGAUAAAAAUCACCCAUAUGUGAAGAAGCCUCCCAAUGCUUUCAUGCUGUACAUGAAGGACCAGAGGGCGAGUGUUGUCUCUGAACUUGCCUCAAGUGAUAAUGCGCUGGUGAACACAAUCCUUGGUCAGAGGUGGAGGUCACUGCCCAGUAAAGACCAGGCCAAAUACUACAAGGAAGCUGAAAAGCUAAGGAAGCUCCAUGCUGAGAAAUACCCAUGGUGGUCCCCUCGAGACAACUACGGCAAAAAAAGGAAACGGAUUAGGAGGAAGUACCCUACAAUCUCUGAUGAAGAAUACGAAGAUGGAAUUUAAAAAAAGACCUCUUGACAAAGCACUUACUUUGAAUAAGGACCUGUGUGUAUAAUAGAAAGUCUAUCACUGGUUUAGUUUGCAAGUAUCUUUUCCUAACUUAAAUAUGUUUUUUUUUUCCUCAUACCACCUUCACUGUACAUACAAUGAGCUGGGUAAUGGACUGGAGCAGAGCCUCUGUUUUUAAGGAACUUCCAUUAUGUGAUGAUUGUCUUUUAUACAAACACAAUUGUGUAAAUACUACCCAAUAAAUGUAAUUAAUGUCA